AUGGGCAAUUCCAAUGUCCUUGCUAGGAAUCAUCCACAGCAGCCACGUAAUAGCAAUAACAAUACAUGCUCCAAUUUUUCAGCACAUCAGAUCAACACAUGUCUUCCAGCAGCCCUUUCUCAAACAGUCCCUUCCUCUCAUUUGGGGCCCAUCCUCAACGUCCUUGCUGGCCUCUCAAGGGAACAAUGCAAACAACUCACUACCGCUAUGGUCGAUUUCAUACUUCCGACACUCCGACUUGGCUACGAGAAAGAUGAUUAG